AAAACAUAGUCUAGGUCUAGACCCUAGUCCGUUUUACAUUAUUUCAAUUCAGUCCGAUACGUUGAUGUUGAUGUUGGUGUAUCAUUUCACGCUGACUGUUGUCGCGACAGACGACGGUAUGGUGUUUGAUAAUCUUGCCUUGCAUGGAGCCAUUCUUUCAAUAUGGAUGACCUGACCAAACUACGGAGCCAGUACGAUAGCCUACACCGAGAGCUGAUGGACAGACAACAUGUCCUUAAUGCUUACCUCAAGGGAAAGCUUCCAAACCAGAGAGAAUUAGAGGAGCAGAACGAACGAAUUAGUAGCAGUCAUAGAUAUGUUGAUGAAGGGAACACACAGUGGACAAGCACUCCAAUGAGACAUCCUGCUAGGUCACCGUACUCCCACAGAAACCAUCCUGCGGAACAUAUGAGCCGACCAGACGACCAGACUCCCAGCAAAAGGAAAUCAGACGCUGACACGCCGCGGCAGAUCGGAAGAGGAUCUAGCCUGGUGCAUCAUGGUUCUGAAUCGAAGCGGCAGCGUAGCAUGGAGAAGGGGCUGGGGCUCCCUCGUUCCCAUACGAAGAGAGCGGGAUCGAGUAUGUAUCAUUCCUCGAGAAAGAAUUCCAAUCAUAACGUACUGGACUCAAGAUACAGGAGUCCUCACAGAUCAGCUCACAUGACAGGUACUAGUACAGAUGGGACUGAGAGACAUAGAGAAAGCCAUCACAGAUCAUCUCACAUGACAGAUCUUAGUACAGAUGGAACUGAGAGACGGAGAGAAAGUGAUGAAGAGAAUGUCGCUGAAGAGAGUUAUGUUGAACAACUCUUGGCUCAAGGAAACGAUCGAUUAGCGGCCGCGAGGUCAAGGGAGGUCAGUCCAAACCCAAGGUCUAUUCUUCAUACUCCAGGGUGUCGACCAAAGAAGACUCCCAUGAGAGUUAGUUUUCUCAAUAGACUUAACAGAGGUCACCAGAACUCCCCCAUCCAGCCAUUACCUCGCUCCCUCCGCGAUGAUAGCUUAUCACAGGGUGUGUCCCUCCAGGGUAGUCUUCAUGAUCGUAGCUAUGGCAACAUGACCCAGCCCCUGCUGGGCUACGAUUGGAUCGCUGGUGUGAUGGACAACAACCCCGCCCUCGAAGAGAAAUCAGAUGACUACCUUCAAGGGAUCAAAGAGUUCCGUCAGCUGAACAGGAACGAGUGUGUGCAUACUGCAGUCAUGGAUGAUGCUGCUGAUGAGAUGAUGAAUGUAUCUCAGGGGUUUGGAGAGGUUCAGGAGCCAUACCUUCAAGCUAAAGAACAUAAAUGUAUCCAUAACUAUGUGCUGAAUGACAGGCUGUUUGCUGUUCCUCUGCAUGAAAACAACGAUGGAGAGAGCCUAUGUGCCAUCUGUGAGCAUAGAAGGAGCAGCGAAAAGAAGAAAUCACUAUCUUCACCUUCAUAUAUCAGGGUCAGCAUUCCAAGGUCGACCCUGCAGUCCCCAUACCGUGUUCGUCCUCAUCGAAGACAGAGCUUUGAUCCUACCGACUCCAUGGGUUUGUCUCAGCACUGUCUAGCAGGAUGGCAGAACUCCCGCCCUUCGAUGAUGCCCUCUGCGUCUACCAUCGAUCUGAAAGCAUCACUGGAUAGAACCAUGGUAGCUGCUAAUUCUUUGUUUGACCCGACGCUCGGCGGGGUCCAAGACACGACAGCAGGGCGCCCUCUUGGGCCAUCUCGUCACACGCAGGAGCUUCUCAAUCGUUCCCAUGCAUUGAGGGUAGAUCUCCAACGGUUAGAGAGAGCAGGACUCUCCAUGGGAGCGUCACAUGAUGUCUCACGAAAAUACCCUCUCUUAUGAUAAGGUCAAAUAAAGGUCAAUUGGACAUACAAAAAUGUGCUCAUUCAUCCAUAUUAAAAUGGCAUCUUUUCAAUGACAUUUAUGGAAAUAGUAAAGAAACAUUGAAAUAUAGAAAUACAAAGUGAUCCAUCUUCAAUUCAUUUCAGCUCAAUUAAAUGAAACAUUAGACUGCAAGAGCUCAAAUUGCGCUUGUGUAAUUAAAAAAUGAAAAUCAAAGUUUGAUGUAUCUUUGGAUAUUCUUUAUUAUAUAUUUCAAUAUGACCUAUAUGACAAAAUAGUUUGACAUUGAUGAAAAAGUUUCCCUUGCUGUAUAUAAUUAAUCAAGCUAAAGUCUAUAGAACAUGAGUCUAAUUAAUAAUAUUUAUAUAGUAUUGACUGGCCUUGAAGGGAGAUACAACAUAUAUUUCCCAAACUAGAAUGAUAUU